UGCCGCGAGACGGCCGGCCAGUAUCGUGGAGGCGCGCGUCCCGUUGCGAUCGUCCAACCCUUAUAAUCCCCGUCGCGCAACGCACUCCUGCACGCAUACGUCGUAACGCGUAAACGCGUGCGAGGGAUACCUUCGAGGCUCGACGUUCUCCAAAACUCACCCCCGUCCCGGUUUCAUUCCCGAUCGAGGCGUAGAUGGGGUCGCAGCGGAGAAAUUCGUCAACAGAAGGAUGCGUCGCACGAGGGCUCCGAAUGAAUGCGGAAUUCUGCGAGGGAGAUAAGAAUACCAACAAGGCUCUCGUGCUUGAAAUAGACGCCGCGACGUAAAUUCUUACUCUCCACGAGAAUGUCCGGCCUCUGAGUGACAUUUUUCCAACGUCGGCCGGCUAACGGAAGAAGGACCUCAUCUUUCUCCUCGUCUCAUCGACAACAAUUUCUCGUGGAAACUUUCCGUCGGACACUCUCAAAGGGUGGACUUUCCUCCAAGUUGUCACGGAUUAUACAUCCCGGGACCAGUUACGCGUUGUUCUCGAGGAACUUUCAUAUCGGGCUUGCGAGCGCGCGGAACGAACUUUCUUCCGGCGCGACGGUCCGGGAACUUUCUGGAAGAGCUUCGCGAUCCACCUCUCGCCACGUUCCUUUAAUCUUUCUCUCUCUCUCUCUCUCUCUCUCUCUCUCUCUCUCGUUUAAAGCGCUCGCAGCUACGAACGGGACCGGUUCUACCUCCGCUAUUCCGAUAAUCGCGGUACGCUACAAAAUCGUCUUCUAAUAACAUCAGGAGAGGAUUGCGAAGGAUGGUGACGCUAAUGAAGAAGAAUGCGCGAAUUCGACGCAUUUAAGAAUUCUAAGAGCGCGUCGGACGACGGAAACGGCGACUGAUAUAAUGCAACGUCGAACGCUGGAGUGCCAGCGACAUCGCGAGUAUUCCGUGAGCGCCUAAACAAAGAUUCAAUUCCGAAUACCGUCAACGUUUAAUUGAGCCGGCGAAGCUGGCGGCAAGGUGUGCGUACCCUUGCACCGCACGUGAUCCGGCGAAGAGAAGGCGACGAUAACGCGGAUUUCCCGCCGCUGGAAGAUUUUAUUAGCGACGUGAUGCGAAAGCUCUCCCCGCCCACGUAAUCGGCCGUAAAGCAUACGAAAUCGUAAAGGGUCGGCGUAAAACCCAACUUUUCCAUUUGCGCGAAACGUGAUAAGAAAGGUUAGCUGACCUAAUUAGUACAACACUCGGUACAAUGUAGCGGAAAAGAGCGCUGAGUAAUGAGCGGGCAAUGCGGAAAUGGCAGUUUGACAGAAAUAAUCGCAAAAUCUCGAUUCCCUCCAGAAGUUCUCACCGUACGACAGGAACGAACGGAACUUUCCUUCCGGGGCAAGUUUCGCAACGCGAAACAACGAAACACGCUCGUGAAUUCCGUGGAGGCGGCGGGGCAUUCGUCUACUCUCGAUACCUCUCGGGUGAGAAGCUAAUGUGCAAAAACCGCCUUGUCGUAAAGCGAGACGAGCGAAUUUCACGACGAAGCAUCAACGACGUUUUAGUAAUCGUUAAACGACACGCGGCCGGGCAGCAACGGCGGAAAGAUUAAACGCAAAACUCUCUCUUAUAGACCAUCGGUCUUUCCCUUUAACCGAGAGAUUAGCGUGAUCGUCAUUCUUGAUCUCGCCCGACUGUACAAAAAGAGGAGAGCCGAUAUACGAAAACCCAGCGCGGCGACGGCGACUACUACGUCCGCGGAGAAGAAUUGGUUACAUCGAAGCUUCGAAUAUCGGAGGUGCGAAAAAAAAGGCGCACUCAUCUGCGGCGAGUAAGCCGCGAGGACAAUGGAACCUCAUCCGGCGGCAGCCGAUUGGCGGUUUGGGACGCGAUCGGAUUCUGCGGAGAGCGCUCGUGCGUGAAACGCAAGUGCUGGAGCUCUGGAGCCGCCGAGUCGAGAGCCGCAACGUUAGCCCGCGGUUUAAUCGGCGAGGGCAUAUAGAGUGAUCGAACCGAUACCAUCGGACGGACGUGCCAGCGGCGCGGCGCGGCGCCGGAACUAAUGAAAUGUUCCGUCGCAUGAAAGUACGGUCAUUAUGACGCGGUCGGCUCGAAGGGGCUCGAAUUAACGAUUUCCAUAAUCAAGCGACUGUGUGAAUCCUGAACGAAGGGCGCGCGUGUCCAGUUGUUCACCGACAAUCGAUUCGUCCCACGCGCCGCCGCUGAGAUUUUUCCAAUUAAGAUCGGCCGAACGGAAAAAGAGCGCGAUUCGACGCGAUGCGACACGUCGGGAUUAAAAGCUUGUGCUUUCGACGCCGGUAGCCGCGCGCUCUCUCUUUCUCUCUCUCUCUCUCUCUCUCUCUUUCUCUCUCUCAUCGCGAGAGACUCAACCUCACAAAUCGAGCGAGCGUGAAGCGGAAUUUACGCGCAGCGACAGCGGCGCGCGAAUACGACCGAUGGAUGUUCCUCGGUUCCUCGAUCACGAAUCGAAAACCCAUCCCGCAACGACGGAAAGUCGAUGCGGAAAACACGAGCGUUGUGACGAUGCCUCGAUUGUAACGUGACUUUUUACCGCGCGAGAACAAGUGCGACGCAAGUCAUCCCCUGGCGUUACGUCGACAUGCUCGUGAAAGUUCGCCCAACUUGGUCGGCUGGUAUGCGCGGUCGACGGGAAUAUGCAAGUUAUUUACCCUGAAAGACGAUAACCCCCGCCUAGUUUCUACCCACGCCGAAUUUCUGCCCUUCAAAUAACGAGGCGGGCACCAAAAAUAAUCGGCUUUUGAAAAAGAUGAACUGAUGCGGACGCGUAAUCCGACGAACGAUCGGAUGCCCCGAACUUGACAUCGCAAUUUAUGUUGAAAAUUAUCAAAACUCAGUUGUCAAAAAACUCUCGACGCAUCUCGGAGAAGAAAAAAAAUAGCGAAUAACAAAACCGUAAACGAGAAAAUGAAGAUUGCAUGCUCCGGGCGAGAGCAUAGCGCGCUUCUUUAAGGCAAGAUAAGAAGGACACCGUAAGACGCAAAAUUGCAAACGGGAAGGCGGAGCGGAGGCGGUGGUUGAACAGAGGUGGUGAGCAGAGUGAAAAACAGCGACGGCCCCUUUCGCUCGUCUGCAGCUCGAGGUAAAUCAACGCGGCGAGAGAACGCCUUUAUCCGUGAUGCAGAGCCUCGACGACUUGACGACGUACAACUUGACGUCUCACCUCUGGAACGUGACAACGACGCUGUGGUACGACAAUGACACCUGGCAUCACAACGGCACCAACUACACGGAUCUGGAGCCGCGGAAUCAAUUCGUGCUUCCGUGGUGGCGGCAGAUGAUCUGGACGCUCCUGUUCGCGGGCAUGAUCACCGUGGCGACCGGCGGCAAUCUAAUAGUGAUAUGGAUCGUGCUGGCGCACAGGCGGAUGCGCACCGUCACCAACUACUUCCUGGUGAACCUCAGCAUCGCGGACGCCAUGGUGUCGACCUUGAACGUCACCUUCAACUACACCUACAUGCUCAACAGCCACUGGCCUUUCGGAACGCUCUACUGCAAGAUCUCCCAGUUCAUCGCGGUUCUCACGAUAUGCGCCAGCGUCUUCACGUUAAUGGCGAUAUCUAUCGACCGGUACAUGGCAAUUGUGAAUCCGUUGAAACCACGUAUGGGAAAAAAGGCGACGCUGUGCGUCGCAAUCGUAAUUUGGAUCAUCGGGGCGAUUCUGUCAUUACCGAUGCUGCUUUUCUACACCACUUACACGCAGAACUUCAUGAACGGCGAGGUCCGCGUCGUCUGCUACAGCGACUGGCCGAACACAGACGUCAAUGGACUCAGCUACGAUGAAUAUUUGUACAACGUUAUCUUCAUGAUAUUGACGUACUUUUUACCAAUCGGAUCCAUGACGUUCACUUAUGCCAGGGUCGGCCUGGAAUUGUGGGGCUCGCAAAGUAUCGGGGAGGCCACAGCCAGACAGCUGGAAAACAUUCGGAGCAAACGGAGGGUCGUAAAAAUGAUGAUAGUCGUAGUAGUAAUAUUCGCAGUGUGCUGGCUUCCGUUUCAUAUGUACUUCAUAGUGACGUCCUAUCUGCCAGAAAUUACGAAUGAACCAUACAUCCAGGAGGUCUUUCUGGGCAUAUACUGGCUGGCGAUGUCCAACAGCAUGUACAACCCCAUCAUUUAUUGUUGGAUGAAUACCAGAUUCCGUCGUGGCUUCGCCCAGUUCUUCUUCUGGUGUCCAUGGGUGCGGGUAUCGGCGGAGCCGUCUCUUUCACGUUCGGAGGCCGUAACGUCCAGGUAUAGCUGCACCGGUAGCCCGGACAUGCACACCAGAAUAUCGCGGAAUGGUACGUGCACCUUCUGGGAGCACACUUGCACCACCGGCUCCACAACGCCUAGCGAGUCAGAGUCUCACCUCGAGGACACUGACCCAGACCAGAGGGAGGCGCAAUCAUCCAUAGAUUUGCGCCACUUGGUCCCCGACGUUCUCGCCGAUGUCGAUCGCGACAACGUUGUCGCGACCAGGAAUUGCACCUCGCACUGAUCACCGCGAUAUUUCGAGCAAAGCUUAAAACACAUUUAACUCCCCCCACCCCCCUCCUUCCUUUUUGAGCAUCCCCUCGAGUGUUACACGCUCGACGUUUUGGCGGAUCGAAGACAUCGGCUCGUGAUCCUUCGCUAGUUACGCGACGCGACGCGCGUUAAACUGCAAUAUUUGUUUGUGCAUUCAACAUGGAGCGUAAAAUCGUUAUUCGAUAUAAAAAUUGUUUACGCAUACGAAGAUUCGAUGCGAGGUGAGAAUCGAAUAUAUUUAGCGUUAAAUGUGUAGCGCAGAUACGAGCCGUUCGCUUCGCACCCCCGUGGUUUCGUAUCGAUCACAAUACCCACAGGCGGGAAGUAAUAAACGCAAAACGAACGCGGAAAGUAAAUUAUGAUUGCAUGUUUGUUGUUUGUUAAUUCGCGGGAAAUACGUUUCUCUGCUGAAUCAAGAGUUAAGCCUUUGGAUAGUUAAAAGCAAAUAAAUUUUAUCAAACUUCGUUGAAUUUUCUCGUAAUCUUAGAAUUUUCAUAUUAAUUUGUUAUUGUUGAAAGGAUUAAUUCUUGAUAACAAAAUAUGUUAAGAGAAAAACAUCCAUUAUAUAAUUUUAGCGCGUUGUUUGCCCACCGCAUUUUAAUUGAACAAAUAUUUUGUUGUUCCAUUAUCGUGUUUUAUAAGUAAUAAUAUUAUUUCCGAUCAUAUUCUCUCACGGAAAUCCAUCGAAUUCAUUUUUCAUACGGUAUUUUCAUCCCAUUGAAUUUCAUUUAAGUGUGGCAUCCUUUAGUUAUGUUAUGCGUUAAGUUUUUACAUAUAUGUGUUGAUUUUAAAAACGAUUGCACGCAAUAAAAAAAAAAGUAACAUUCACCACCCCUUUA